CUGGGUAAACCUGUUCUAGCCCUAGAUCAUCUGAGCUCCCUUCCAAGCCUCAGCAUCCUGCGGUUCUCUGACACUUCUCUACGGCCCCCCCACCCCUUCCCUGGCUGCUCCUGGCCGGCUAUCGCUCCGACCUUCACCUGAAACCCGAGCCGAGAGAGGGUGGGGAGACGGUGCCCGCCGCUAUUAAGCCGCGGCCGGGGCGCGGGUGCCCGGCCCGCCCCGCAAGGACCGGAGCGGGCCAGACUGGGCGAGACUGUGUUGGGACGGGGACGCGGACUGCGCCACCGGCACCAGCACCGAGCCGCGGCCGUGCGGGCUGCGGGCACCUACGCGUAUGGGCACAGCGCGGGGUGUGAAGGUUUUGAUUAAUGUGACUUUACCUCACAAACACACAACGAAGAACAAUGAAGGACCACUACAUAAAUUCCAUGGAGAAGGAGCGCUCUGAUGCUGAAUCUGCAAGCAACGCUUAUGACAACCCUUCUUCCCAACGGGAUGAAAGCCUGGAACAAAGCAACCAGCUAAAGCCCAGUAAAAAAAAGAAGGAAAAGGAAAAGCAAGAGAAACGGGUGGUUGGCGUUUUUGAACUGUUUUCCUAUGCUGAUGGGGUGGAUGUCCUUUUGAUGGUGAUUGGUUUGCUGGCAGCUGCUGCAAAUGGUACUGGAGUGCCACUUAUGAUCAUUGUCUUCGGAGAUGUGGCAAACAGCUUUGUGCUAAGUGGUGUGAAACCUAAUGUGUCGGAAGAUACUUCAAUAACUAGUUUUAGCUGUUCAUCAAAUUCAACCAUAGAUAUAGAAGGUGAAAUGACAAAGUUUGCCUACUACUAUGUGGGAAUUGGCUUUGCUGUGUUGAUCCUGAGCACCAUCCAAGUGUGGACAUUCUUGAUUGCUGCUACAAGGCAGGCAACAAGGAUCCGGCAGAAGUUCUUUUUUGCAGUGCUCCAUCAGGAGAUGUCUUGGUUUGAUACUAUCCAGACAGGAACACUGAACACCAGAUUGACAGAUGACAUCAACACCAUUCACCAAGGCAUCGGAGACAAGAUCUGUAUAUUUGUACAAUUCCUUUCCACAUUUGUGACAGGAAUUAUUAUAGGAUUCAUCAAUGGGUGGAAACUGACACUGGUGAUUUUGGCAGUCAGCCCUCUUCUUGCUGCAUCAGCAGCAGUUUGGUCAACUCUUCUGGCAUCCCUUACUGCUAAAGAGCUGUCUGCUUAUGCCAAAGCAGGAGCUGUGGCAGAAGAAAUUUUGACAUCAAUCAGGACUGUUGUGGCUUUCAAUGGACAGCAGAAGGCAUUAGCAAAAUAUGAUGCUAACUUGGAGGUGGCUAGAAGAGUUGGAAUGAAAAAAUCCAUUACUACUAACACAUCUCUAGGUGUUUCACAAUUUCUUAUCUUUGGAUCCUACGCACUUGCAUUUUGGUAUGGAACCAAGCUCACUGCUGAGGAUGAGAACUAUGACAUCGGCCGUGUGUUAAUAGUGUUCUUCUCUGUGCUCGUUGGAGCCUUCUCUCUGGGCCAGGCAGCUCCCAACCUGGAGAGUGUGGCUAAUGCCCGUGGAGCUGCCUAUGAAGUGUAUCAGAUUAUCAAUAAGAAACGGCUCAUAGAUAGCAGUUCUAAAGAAGGCUACAAACCAGACAGACUCAUAGGAGAAAUUGAAUUCAGAAACAUUCAUUUCAGUUACCCAUCCAGACCUGAUGUUAAAAUCCUCAAAGGUUUAAACUUGAAAGUUCAAACUGGGAAGACCAUUGCUUUAGUUGGUGCCAGUGGCUGUGGAAAAAGCACUACUGUUCAGUUGCUGCAGAGAUUCUACGAUCCUGUCCAAGGGGAAAUUACCUUAGAUGGUCGGGAUAUUAGAACACUUAAUGUAAAGUGGCUACGAGAGAAUAUUGGUAUUGUGAGUCAGGAGCCUGUUCUGUUUGCAGCAACGAUAGCCGAGAACAUUCGCCAUGGCCGAGAAGAUAUUUCUGAUGCCGAAAUCGAGCAAGCAGCCAAGGAAGCCAAUGCUUUUGACUUUAUCUCUAGGCUGCCUGAUAAAUUUAACACCAUGGUAGGUGAAAGAGGGGCCCAGCUGAGUGGAGGACAGAAGCAGCGAAUAGCAAUUGCCCGUGCCCUAGCAAGAAAUCCCAAGAUUCUUCUUCUGGAUGAAGCUACGUCUGCUCUAGACACUCAGAGCGAAUCCGUAGUGCAAGCAGCUCUCGAUAAGGCUCGGGCUGGACGUACCACCAUUGUGAUUGCCCACAGGCUCUCUACCAUCAGGACUGCUGACACUAUUGCUGGGUUUCAGAAUGGUGUUGUGGUUGAACAGGGGACACACAGCGAACUCAUGUUGCAGAAGGGAGUCUACUAUUCGCUUGUAAUGCAGCAGGGUUGUAGCAAUAGCACUCAAGAAGAUGAGGCAUCAGAAGAAAGUGAAGACAGAGGAGCUGAGGAAUAUGAGGAGGAUGACAGAAAUGAUCUUGUGGAGGAGUUGGCUCUUGAAGAUCAUUUUGAAGAAUCGGUGGUCUCAGGGCGAGGCAGUGUUCGAAGAAGAUCCAGCAGGUCUAAGAGCAAGAAAGGCUCUUCUAGGAAAAUAUUCUCUGGAAAAAGGAGGAAAAAAGAGCUGGAGGAAGAAAAUCUCCCUGCUGUGCCUUACUCAAGAAUCUUGGCUCUUAACAAACCCGAGUGGCUCUAUGUCCUGCUGGGAGUGAUUGCUGCUGCCAUCUCAGGUGCAGUCCAUCCUGCAUUCGCUGUUAUCUUUGGAAAAAUUAUUGGGGCUUUUCAAGAAAGAGAUCCAGAAAAGAGGAGUAAGAACACUUUGGUGCUUUCUUUAAUGUUUCUUUUACUUGGAGUGAUUAUCUUAGCAGCAUACAUAAUCCAAGGAUUUAUGUUUGGGAAGUCUGGAGAAAUACUAACAAUGAGACUGCGCUCUUUGUCCUUCAAAGCAUUACUUCAGCAGGAGAUUGGAUGGUAUGAUGAUCAGAAGAAUGCUGUUGGUGUUUUGCUAACUAGGCUUGCUACAGAUGCUUCCCAAGUCAAAGGGGCAACAGGAAGCCGACUUGGACUGGUGGCUAUGACUGUCUUUACCCUUCUGACUGCCAUCAUUAUUGCUUUUGUCUACGACUGGCAGCUAACGUUGCUUGUCCUGGCCUGCGUUCCUUUCCAUAUUGCUGCAAAUGCCGUGAACGUUAGCUCUAUGUCUGGUCAUGCUGCAAAAGAUCAAAAAGCUUUGGAAGAGGCUGGAAGAAUUGCAACAGAAUCUGUUGAAAACAUCAGAACUGUGGCUUCACUGACCAGGGAAGAAACAUUUUAUGAAAGAUAUAUUACUAGUUUGGAUGGUCCAUACAGGCUUGCUCUGACAAAAGCCCCUUUGUAUGGAUUUACCUAUGGAGUAUCUCAGUCUGCUGAAUUCUUUAUUAAUGCAGCAGUCUUCAGAUUUGGGGCAUGGCUCAUUGCCCACUGUCUGACCAACUUUGAAAAUGUAUUUAUAGUCUUCUCUUCUAUCAUGUUUGCAACUACGAACGUGGGUCAGUCUGCUUCCCUAGCACCAGAUUUUGGCAAAGCUAAAGUGUCAGCUCAAAGAAUCUUUCAACUUUUGGACAGAAAACCUGUCACUCACAGCUGUAGUGAAGAAGGUGAAAAAUUGAGCAAUUUUGAAGGCAACAUUGAGUUCAGAAACGUCCAUUUCGUAUACCCAACAAGGCCAGAAGUUCAAGUUUUGCAAGGACUCAACCUGAAGGUUAACAAAGGACAGACUCUGGCAUUAGUAGGCAGCAGCGGCUGUGGCAAAAGUACAUCCAUUCAGCUCCUGCAGAGAUUUUAUGACCCUGCGGAAGGACAAGUGUUAGCAGAUGGGUUUGAUACCAGAUCUUUGCAUUUACAAUGGCUGAGGUCCAGACUGGGCCUGGUGUCGCAGGAGCCUAUCUUGUUUGACUGCAGCAUUGCUGAAAACAUUCAGUACGGAGACAACAGCAGAGUGGUUAGUCAGAAAGAGAUUGAAGAAGCAGCUAAGGCAGCAAAUAUUCAUGCCUUCAUUGAAAAACUGCCAGAGAAAUACAACACCCGAGUGGGUGAGAAAGGAACACAACUUUCUGGAGGUCAGAAGCAAAGAAUAGCCAUUGCCCGUGCGCUGGUUCGUAAUCCUGCCGUUCUGCUUCUGGAUGAAGCUACCUCUGCUCUUGACACAGAAAGUGAAAAGAUAGUCCAGAAAGCUCUGGAUAAUGCCCGGCAAGGUCGAACCUGCAUUGUCAUUGCUCACCGCUUGACGACUGUACAGACUGCAGACAUCAUUGCAGUGAUCCAGAAUGGCAGGGUGGUUGAGCAGGGCACCCACAGCCAGUUAAUGGCAAAGGAAGGACAAUACUAUGCCCUUGUAAAUGCACAAGUCUCUCACUAGUACUGACUGCAGAUUGGUUUUCAUUGUUUUAUUAUUACUGUUUUUUUUUUUCCCUGGAAAGACAUGAAAAGCUCAUGGAGAAUUGAUGGUGGCCCUGCUCUGUCAGCACAGACACAGCCACGUGCUGCAGCCUGGUUGCUCUAUCUAGUGUAUUUCUCACCCUACACGCUCUGGAGAUGAGCAGUGCAUGCCCUUGGGUGAGUCAUGAAAGAUGCACAGGGAUCUGCCAGAGGCUGAAUCUGUUGCGCAGUUUUGGGGAUUAUGUGAGCUGGAAGGAGCCAGAUCUGGAGUCAUAUCAGAGUCAUGCCAUUUACAUCAUGACUUAGAUGGGACACCCUGUUCUCCUUGUCCCUCUCAAACCUUAGGCCAUACCAGGGCAUCAGUAUGACAGAGGUUAAGCAUCAUGCAUAACCAGUGAACUGGUGCUUGUGCUUGUCCCUUGGGUUUCUUCACUAGCCACAAGCAUCUGUAAAGUCUUCUUAAUUAAAGGUUGCUGUCAAUCCUUAAUGAGCACUGAGGCUCCAAAUAAAGACAUUUGCAUCAAACUGAGAUUAGAUCUGUGGGUUCUACACUUUCUGCCCCAUCUCUAAUGCUGCUGUUUCACAUUCCUUGGAGAGCCAGUGCCCAGUUUCCAACAGUGAUUGUAAUAGUGACUAACUUUCCAUGUAAACUGACACAAAAGAUACCAUGCUUUUCUUUAGUGGUUUUUGGUUUAAUCACUCUUUACAUGCAUCAGAAUUCUUACAGGAGAGCAGAGGUGGUUCCUUUUGGAGCAGACUUACAUCAGCCAUGUAAAUAGCUUUCCUUAAAAGAAAAAAUAAAGAAGAAAAAAAGAAAAUUAAAA